AGAUAUCAGAUUUACAAAAUUAACCAAAUUUGGAAAAAUAACGAUAAAUCUAAAACGAGGUUAUGAAAAAAGUUAUUACAAAGUGAAUAAAGAUGGGCGAUUGCAUUCACUUAAUGACAAUCCUCUUACAGAAAUUUUUGACGAUGCUAUUAGACUUACAUUCACUCCGUCUAAAGGUGUUAGUGUUAUGCUUUGUUAA